AUGAAUGAGAAACAAGACAAAUUAAACAAAUCAAGAAGAGGAGAGCAGGACCAGUUCAUUUUGCAUGGACUGUAUCUCAGGGUGCUUUGCUCAACUGUUUUGAUGGAGAUGAAUCAACAACAAAAACACUUUGUAAAAGAAAACGUGAAGUAUUUCUGGAAGGGGAGGAGGAUGGUAACAUUUCUCUUCUUGAUGUUCUUGGUUGAGUCCAACAGCCAAUUUAUGAGAAGUCAGUCUCUCAGCUCUGGAACACCAAAGACCUGUGCUGUUCUCCACCCUGAGAAUGAGAAGCAACUGGAGCUUCCAUCCUUCAGAGACAAGAUCCGUGUGGAAUCUAGAUGGAAUGGAGCCUUCAGCUUCAUCACAGUGAUGGAGGGCUGCCUGCUCACUCUUUGGCAGGAUCACAGGGGACAGAGCGAUCCUCAGUCCUUCGUGAGUGGUGCUUACCACAGUGUCACCGGUUCCUUUUCGGCCUUCCUGUGCAGCUGUGUGGGAGAGGAAAGUGGAAUCAUGGCCCUUACUUCUACCUUCGCUGAUUUCCGAAAGAGGCACCUUGCACCCAAGAACGCAAAAGGCGACAAUAAUUUCUGCACAGCUCAAAUAAGGAACAGAAACCUUACUGAUCAUGGGUCAUGCAAACAACGGAACACUUUUAUAUUUUCUGAUGAGGACGUGGUUAUCAGUGUAUGUAGAGCAGGAGGUAGUCACUAUCCUGACAAAUGGCAUGACAAUCUGUAUAAGAGCAAUGACUUGUUUAAUCUGACAACGUGCUCAUGGACAAAUGAACCUGAAGACCCGCCCAACUGUAGUUACACAGCAGAUAUGAAAACAAGGUUUAUCAUUCUAGCUUGUAUAAAGAAACUGCCCGUGCAUUUUCAAAAAAGCGUACCAAAUUAACUUUAUUUCACAGUUUUCAAGAUUACCCUUAACCUAAACUACCCUACCUAACUUUUUUGCUCUGCACUGAAUGAUUA